AUGUUCCAACAAAAGAAGCCCUACUCGGCCGUCACGGUCACCAUCGAGACGCUCACCUCCGAGGCCUACGAAGAGGAAGACCUCAGCGGCAUCCCCGACCUCGUCGAGGUCAUCACCAUCCAAGCAUCCGGCCCCACGGAGGCCGCCCGCGCCAUUCGAAAGAAGCUCAAGUACGGCAACGUGCACCGCCAGAUCCGCGCCCUGGUCCUGCUUGACGGCCUCAUCCAAAACGCCGGCCCGCGCUUCACGCGCACCUUUGCCGACGAGCCUCUGCUGGAGCGCCUGCGCGUGUGCGGCACCUCCGACCUCUCGGAUCCCGAGGUCAGGAAGAAGUGCCGGGAGCUGUUCAACAGCUGGUCCCAGUAUGGCAACAAACCGGGCCUGGAGAGGAUCGCUCGGCUGAGCAAGGAGCUGCCGAAGCGCAAGGUUGCCAUCACGCAGGAGAGGUCGCGCGUGCUCAAGGAAACCGAGAACCCGUUCGGCGACGAGGAAGACGACGAGCCAACGUCUCCGAAAUCCCCAUCCCCUCCCGCCGCCGGCCCGUCGUCGUCGUCGUCCCACAGUCGUACGUCUCAUAGCCGCGGAUCGUCAAUGGUCGAUUCGUUCAAGCAUCAGCAACCCUCUAUAUCCAGUAGUGGCAGCUUCGUAUUCGGCAGCAGCUCCGACAAGAAGAAGAAGAGCGGCAGCGGUAGCAAGACCAAGGGCAAGAGGAAGCCUUUCAACCUAGAGGCUGAAAAGGAGGGGAUGAAGUCUGUCAUUGCAGAGUCGUCGCUGGCGGCAACGAACCUGCUCAACGUAUUGCAGACGAUUAACCGUGAACGGGAGCGCAUCUCCGAGAACAACUUGGCUGUCGAGAGGUUUGAGUCUUGCAAACUUCUCCGCAGAAAGGUCUUGCGCUUUGUUCAUCACGUCGAACACGAACAGUGGCUAGGUCCACUCCUUCACGCCAACGACGAACUGGUCCACGCCCUCAUGACCUUUGAGCAGCUCGACCAGUCCGUCGAUGCCGACAGUGACUCUGACGACGAACUUGCGGAACAAGCUCACCUAUACCGAAUGGCUGCUAUAAAGGGAAAAGAAGAACUGGCUGCCAAAGAGGUUUCAUCCCCCCCAGCCCGGGCCGAGCAUCCCGACAUCGCCGGUCUGAGCAUCAACUCGUCCCCAAGAGCGACCCCGCCGCCUCGGCCUGCCUCGAAGCCUGUCUAUUCAGCACCGCCGAUACCACCUCCGCUGCCAUCGAACCCCAGGCCUACGGCCCAGCAGAGACAGGGCUCGUAUUUGUCCGACGAGGAGGACGAUGACGAUCCAUUUGCUGAUAGGAACAUUGUUGAGUGA